CUAGUAGCAGGCUCGCCAAUAUGGCUGAGUUUUUGACAGCAAAAAUAUAUCAUGAAAUGUAGUAUUUUAACUUUGCAUUUCUGCUUUUUGUUUCGCAAACAAUUAAUGGUUUCUUGCUGGUAAAUACCUGCAUUAACUUCACUUUCAUUCGGCUUUUUAAAAAUGAAAAGAAAAGGCCUUGUAAUAGGUUCAAUUGUGACCUUUAUGGCGACGGGCAGUGGUAUCGUGUAUUUUUUUGGCGGUGUGAAAGAAGCUCGUCAGACGGGACAAGGUGUUGUAAGGUUUACAAGGACUGCUUUAACGGUAAGUAUUAGGAAGUGGUUGAGAUAAGGCGAAGUUAUAGUUUGGAGAAAGUUAGCACACCUUGCAAAACAUCUUUGUCUUUGAACUUGCGUCUUGCAAAUACCAAAGUACACAAAAUGUACAAAUUUCUAUUAUACAGGCCAAUACCAUCCGCAAUUUUGAAAAAAAUUGAAAUAAGACGCCAUCCGAAGACAAGUAUCUUAAAAUCCAAGAUAUGGAUUAAAAACAAUAGUAAUAUUGAUUUUAUUUAUACAGAAUCAUAAUUACACAACAAUUCAACUGGUUACAAUUACCUGACUGGAAAGUUUGGAAAUUGCUUGUCAGAGAUUUUGAAAAUUUAAUAGUAAAUCUAUAGAAAGCGUCAAAAUUGCGCAACUGAUAUCUCUGCCGCGCGAUACAAACUUUCCACACUGGGUUACAAAUAUGAAAUAUACAGAAGGUCAUGCUAGUAUUCUCUGUAUUCUGUAAAUCAUCUAUUAGCCACCUCUCUGACAAUGCCCUCAAUUAUGUGUGUAAUUAAUAAAUUACAGGGUAUUAAUAGAGGAUUUACAUUGCUUCAAUUUUAUUACAAAAUUAUCAUACUACUUAUAGUUACAGUGCUUUGGGAAUGCAUGUUAAAUUAAUAUCUGUGAAAUUCAGGUUCUUCAAAUAAGUUAUGAUUACAAGAAGACCUUGUGGAAAUUGGAUAAGACAUCUGAACUAUAUAAAGAAUUGCAGUCACAGGUAUUGGAUGAUCACAAAUGUUUGAAUUGCAAACUGAAAAAUGUCUAUUAUGUAAAUGUAUACCAAAAGUAGCUUCUUCUAUAGCAGCAUUUCCAAGUUUCCAGGGAAUUAGGUGAAGGGGUUUCCAAGUUUCCAGCGAAUUAGGUGAAGGGGGGGGGGGAGGAAUGUCUUCCUUGGAUGAGGUGUGGAUGUUUUGUGGAAUGAACCAAUAUUCAAAUGUAUACUGAUAUAAAAUGGUUCAGUAUUUGAAUGCAAUAUAAAAACAGUCAAAAGUUGAAUUUAUGGUUAAAAUGGUCAAAUUCAAAUGUAUUUUUGGAUUGUCAUACAAUUGUCAGACUAUGAUGCAGUGCUCUUUUUCUAACCUUCUAAGGUGCACAGUAGAUCUGCCAAGAGGUUAUGUGAUCUGUGUUUUCAUAAUGCUGGAUUGUACAUAAAGAUUGGACAGCAUUUGGGGUCUCUCGACUACUUACUGCCAAAGGAGUAUACUCGGGUUCUUAAAAUUUUCCAUCACACAGCUCCUAGAAGUUCAUUGGAAGAUAUACAUCAUGUGUUCCAGCAUGAGCUUGGUCAAAUGCCGGAUGAAUUGUUUGAAAGUUUUGAUGUUGAACCACUUGGUAUGGGAUAUUGUUUAAAAUUUAUGUCAUACAACUCACAGAUUUAUAUUUGCAAUUCAUGAAGAUAAAACAUGUAAUGUAACUUCCACUCAUUUCCACAUGUGUUCAUCUUAUGUUCCCUAGAGAAAGUUGGCACUAGGAAUAUUCAGUAAACCAAUAUACUGAAAAUGCUGGUACUCAAUCCAAUGUCAGCAUGUCCGUAUGUCUUUUUCAGUAAAUGGAAGACCACUAUCAUAUUGUAUUUUAACCUAUUGAGCAACAGUGCUCUCCCCUUGCAUUAGGGUGCAAUGCAGCUCAAUCGGUUAACUAGAUGUAUGGGCAGAUAGUCUGACUCAGUGGCGGAAAUCUUGGUGGGGCGGGGCUGAUUUUGACCUAAAAGAGGGCUAAAAACAGUCUUUUCGAGUGUUGAAAGUUUUGUCAGAAAUUUAGAAGGCUUUGCCCCCACCGGAAAAAGUGAAUUUCCGCCACUGGUCUGACUAACCCAUUAAGUGCCAGCACUCUCCCCUUGACAAGUAAAAUCAUUUGGCAUUGGACAGUAGGGUGCAUCAGGGUGCAUUGCCACUUGAUGAAAGGUUAACUAUAUUUGUAUAUUUACAAAGAAUAGAAUUUAUCCAGAUUAAGUUUUAAAGUAUCAAGUUUUGAACUAUCAGUUUAUUACUUAAUCAUAUCAAACAUACCUAGUUGGCACCACCUCCCUUCUCCAUAGAAACUCCUCUUCAACUAGUGCAAGCCCUGAUCUGUCUUUGUAUUAUUUAGCCUCUUAUGAUAUUUUUGCCAUAUGUAUUAGGGUCAGCGUCCUUGGCACAGGUUCAUAAAGCUGUUUUAAAAGAUGGUGGUACUGUUGCUGUCAAAGUUCAACACAAAGAUAUCCAAGAUCAUUCUUCAAGUGAUGUCAAGACUAUGGAAGUAUGCAUGUAAAGACUAUUGAAUAAAUUUGGUCUCUGACUGCAAAGUUUAUAUAAAAAUAUCACAAACCAUUACUGACUGGCCAACCGACUGACAGACUGACAAGGGUGUGAUAAUUCAAGACUUUCAGGCGUACCUGACUCGGGUACCCCAAUGAUUAUUGCCGCGUACUUGCACUAGUAUGACCCACUACUCAAUGUGUACAUAGUCUUCAAAACCUUAUUAAUAAUUGAUGAGGAAAACACAAAAAUCAUAAGCUUCAAGCUUGUCGUAUCGUUAUAUGUGAUAGAGAUUUCUUUUAAUUUACAUAAACUUUAACUUUGAUUUACGCAACGUAUUUUUUGAAAUACAAAAGAACUCUACUUACACAACGUAUUUUUUGAAAAUUACUUCGCCAAUGAACUUACUAGAUCGAUGGUUUUUGAAGCAAUUUAAAACAUUCGCAGUGCGUGUUUUAUCAGACCUAAAGAUACUCUGCUUCGCCUCGUAUCUUUAUAUCUCAUAAAACACUGCUGCUCAUGUUUUAAAUAGUACUUUAAAAUAAAGUACAUAAAGUACAGGUUUCUGAAAGGUAUUCAAAUUACAGUUAGAACAAGAGUUAGAACAAGAAGCACAAUUGCAUUACCGGUAUACAAACACUACAAUCGACUUCAACAUUCCUUUCAUCAGUCCAAUCAUGUUUCAUGCCAAGACAUAUACUGAGCAGACAUAUAUAUAUUCUACUGACUAAACUACGGUUUUGAAUACCUUGGGCUUGGAAAGUUUAUAAUUGGUGUACCAUCAAAAUGGGUUAACCCAGUGAAAGCCUGCUCGUAACCCAGGAGGACCUGUUCGCAGGCUAAUACGCAGAUAACAAUAGUUCCGUGUACCUACAUGGUUCUCGACUGGAAACGAAGAACUAGUAGAUCUUAAUAUUGCUGUACCUCUCCUAUGUGAUUACGCGAAUUACCGCACCCUUCCGCUAAACCAACUCGCUGAUUCAAUUAAUCAUGAUAGUUUAUCCAUAAUAUGGCCAUGGUAAUGAUCUAUUUGAUUGAUUGAUUUAUUGUCCAAGUUUUUAGUGAACAUUGUGAAGCGAGUGUUUCCUGAAUUUCAAUUUACCUGGCUAGUUGAAGAGACGAAGAGGAACCUGCCGCUUGAGUUAGAUUUUCUCAAUGAGGGCAAGAACUCUGAGAAACUUCAAGAGAAGUUUUCACGAUUAAAGUUUUUAAAGGUUUUUAAAUUAUUUGUACAAGUUUUAUAUUGUUUUUAGGAUGAUUCCUACAGACCUAAUAUAUUUCCUUGUUUCUUGAUGUUUUUAAUACACCUACCGCUUCUCUUUAAUUCUUUCCUCAUUUUCUCGUCUAAGUACCGGUAAAUUUUUGUAGAUUCCCAAGGUUUUCUGGGAGUUCUCUAGCAAGAGAAUUCUCACGAUGGAAUAUUGUGAAGGAGGGCAUGUAAAUGAUUUGGAGUACAUGCGAGGACAUGACAUUUCAUCAGAUGAGGUAAACACCACAAAAUACAAGUUUAUAGACUUAGGAGAUUCUUCAGUUGUUCGUAAUCAAGACUGUUCAUUAUCUAAUUUAUUUUCGAAAAAAGAACAUUUAGUUACACAUUGUGCAUAGACGCGAGAAUUGCAUCAGCUUUUUUAUCUCUUUUUACCCAAGGUCUCUAGUAAGGUUGGUCAAAUCUACAGUGAGAUGAUAUUUGUACAAGGUUGCAUUCAUUGCGAUCCCCACCCAGGAAAUAUAUUAAUACGAAAGAACACCAGGGGGGUUGUGGAAAUUGUCUUGUUGGAUCACGGACUUUAUCAGGUCAGUAUUGUUGGUACAAAGGUUUCUUUACAAAAACUGGUAUAAGUGAACAAAAAAACACUUAAGGUCUGUUUUACACUUGCAAUUUUUGCUGCGAUUUUAGGUGCGAUUUUCUUCUUCUGAUGGAUGUGAACGAGUGGAAGAUUUAAGAAUGUCGAGAUGAAGGUACAUAUACUCGGAACAUUCAUACUCAUCUACUCGUUCACAUGCAUCAGAAGACGAAGUGUAAACAGGCAGGGUUUGUAGCGGUCUUUGAAAUCCUUGAAAGUCUUUAAAUUUGAAUGCAGGUCUUUAAGGUCUUUGAAAAGUCUUUGAAUUGUGUGAAAAAGCGAAGAAAGUCUUUAAAAAUCUUUAAAUUCUUUAGUGAGGAAUUGAUUAUACGAUUUUCUAGCUAAUAAAAUAGAUUGAUUGAAGCAAGAUUUUUGCAAAUAUCGACAAAAAGACGCAUUUUAGGAUGUGAUUUGACUGGACUAAUUACUGUGUAAAAAUGGUGCUUGCACCAGGCUUACACUCGCAAUUUUUCGACAGCUGAUUGCUCUCAAAGGGCUUUGAAAAGUCUUUGAAAAUAGGCAGAAAAAAUCUUUGAAAGUCUUUGAAUUGUUUUGGUCUUGGAGACUACGAACUCUGACAGGCCUUUAGACAUCUUGCAUCUCUAAUUUCACCAUUAGCGCGGCGUCAGCAGUCUUUUUCAUACGCCAGAAUGACCCGCGCACUAUACGACGAUUGUAUCCGCCUCAAAGAUGAUAAUUACUAAUGUAAAUGAGGACACGGUCCAAUUUUAAGUUCAAAUGCCUUUGAACAAUUGCCGAUUAACAGUAAACCUCAGACUUUGUUAUCUGUUGCGAUUUUUUCAAAGAUGCAUGGAAGUAUAAAGGCCCGUUUACACGGGCGAUUUUUGCUGCGAUUUCAGUUGCGAUUUUCUCCUUUUGGAGCAUGCGAAGGAGUAGAUCAGUUAUAAAUUUUCCAGAUUAUGAAAUCUCAUAACAACAUCAUUAAGUAAUCUAGUCCUUCACAUCCUCCAAAAGGAGAAAGUCGCAACUAAAAUCGCAGCAAAAAUCGCCCGUGUAAACGGGCCUUAAGAACCUCAAUUAUAAAAAUAUUUGUAUCCCUAUCAAUCAAGUUUUCUUAUUAUUAGCAAUAUACCUACCCUGGCACAAACCGUUCAAAAUUUUGUAAUACAUACCAAAUUUAUCAAUAUCAACUCUAUAGGAAAUAACUGAUGAUUUUCGAGUGAACUACUGCAAACUAUGGCAAGCUAUUAUCUCAGCAAAUUUAGAAGGUAUUAAACGGUACAGCGAGAAGAUGGAUGUUGGUGAAUAUUACGGAAUCUUUUCUUGUAUGCUUGCCGCGCGAACGUGGAACACAGUUGUGAGUGGAAUGAAGAGAACGCCGUACUCACAGAAUGAG